AUGCUGACUUGCACAAAUGGAAUGCCAAGUGAUCAGCAAGUGCUACAGUUCCAGAUGAAGGCUAAAAUUAAUAGUUCAAAGGAUGAAAGCAUUCAAAGGCGGUCGGCUAAUUACAAGCCAAAUAUAUGGAAAUAUGAUUACAUAGAGUCUCUUACAAGUGAAUACACGGCAGACACAUAUAAACAUGCAGAGAAGCUGAAAGAGGAAGUUAGGUUCACAUUCGUUGAAACCGUGGAGCCAUUGGCUAAGUUAGAGCUUGUAGACAGCAUUGGGAAACUAGGUCUAGCCACCCUUUUUGAGGAGGAAAUCAAGGAUGCCCUAGACAUGAUAAUGUGUCUUAAGGACAACAAUCUCACCAUAGAAGAGGAUCUCUAUGCUACUGCACUACGCUUUAGGUUACUUAGGCAAUAUGGCUACAAUGUUUCACAAGACAUAUUUAUCAGAUUCGUGGAUGAGACGGGUAAUUUUAUGCAAAGCACAACCACAAAUGUCAAAGCAAUGCUCGAGCUAUUUGAAGCAUCAUACCUUGCCUUAGAAGGUGAAAAAAUAAUGGACAAGGCCAGAAUGUUUUCUACUGAAAAUAUUAAGACUGUCAUUUCAAACUCGGACGUUUCGCUAGCCAAACAAUUGAGCACUGCGUUGGAGCUUCCGUUGCACUGGAGAUUGGAGUGGUAUAAUGUCACGAGAAACAUCCAUGAAUAUGGAAAAGUGGGUAACAUCAACUCCAAUUUGCUCAAGUUGGCUAAGCUUCAUUUCAACAUGGUUCAAGCCACACACCAAAAAGAUCUCAAGGAAAUAAUAAGGUGGUGGAGGAAUCUUGGGAUGGCAAGAAAUUUAAGCUUUUCAAGGGACCGAAUAAUCGAAAGUUACUUAUUUGCUGUGGGAGUCAAUUUUGAGCCUCAGUACAAACAUUUCAGAAAUUGGCUAGCCAAAGUCUGCAAGUUCAUAAUAACAAUUGACGAUGUUUACGAUGUUUACGGUUCACUACAAGAAUUAGAGCUCUUCACAAAGGCAGUUGAUAGGUGGGAUUCUGAGGAAAUUCAACAACUACCUGAGUGCAUGAAGAUUUGCUUCCAGGCUCUAUAUGAUACCACCAAUGAAAUAGCUUUUGAAAUUCAGAGAGUUAAGGGUGGGAAAUCAGUGUUACCCCAUUUACGAAAAGCGUGGGAAAAUUUUUGUAAAGCAUUAUUAGUUGAAGCAAAGUGGUAUAACCAAGGCUAUACACCAUCACUCCAAGAGUAUCUCGAUAACGGGUGGAUAUCAUCCGGUGGCUCUGUGCUUUCUAUUCAUGUUCUUUUUGGUGUUGCACAUGAAAUAACAGACAAAGUUUUGCAUUUUCUGAAGAAUGGUGAAGAUCUUGUGUAUCAUAUUUCAAUAAUAAUUCGACUUACCAAUGACCAGGGAACUUCAGCAGCAGAACUAGAGAGAGGUGAUGCUCCUUCCUCAAUCUUAUGUUACAUGCGAGAAGCAAAUGUUUCUGAGGAGGUUGCGCGGGAGCACAUUAGAAGCAUAAUAACGAAGACAUGGAAAAGCAUUAACAACCAAUGCAUCGCGAAAUCUCUAUCUCUUGUACCAUUUGCCAAAUAUAUAACAAACAUUGCACGAGUCUCACAUUUCAUAUACCAAAAUGGGGAUGGGUAUGGUGUUCAAGACCAUGAGACUCGAGAUCAAGUUGUGUCUUUGUUGAUUGAACCGCUUGCACUCGACUAAACUAGAGUUGAUGUGAUGCUAGCUUUGGUGGUUGUUAUGAAAAAAAAGUUUGAAAGGUUUUGUUUAGUCAAAUCUAGUCUAGUUAAAUAAAUAUUUGUAUUGUUAGAGCUAAAUAUUGUAGUAAUCUGCUCCAAGGAGUUUAGAUAUUUGGCUAUUGUAGUAUUGCAUACCUGAAAUAUAAUAUAAAUAUAAUU